AACGGAGCAUAAUCGCGCGCGCUCGUCUGCAUCCUUUAUUAGCGCAUGCAGCGCUCCAUCUUAUUUCAAUGGGCUGCGGUGGGAGUCGAGCAGAUGCUAUUGAACCGCGAUAUCAUGAGAGCUGGACCAGAGAAACCGAAUCGACGUGGCUUACCAAUACUGAUGCUGAAAUCCCCAACGGCGUGACUACUAAGAACCGCGUCGUGCGUGGAGAAUCUAGCCAUCUUAUUAAAGACAAUUCAAAACUAUCAGGUAGAGGUAUGGAGGCCAGAUCCUGUGGAGACAGAGGCAGACAGAUGGUUAAUGCAGGAACUCAAUGUGGAAAGCAGGUUUUGACUUCCAGCACCUGCACAAAAACAUCCUGCAGUCAUGAGCAGAUAAGUGACUCAAAGCAGACAACGCACGAGGAGGAAACUACUCAUUCUGAAGGGGUUUCAUCUAAUGCUGCAUCUAACCCAGGGGAGCCAUGAGGAGAAAACAACCCCAUCUUUGUCUGAUGCAGAGGAUACACUCUGAAACCCAGAGGAGUUCAGCGAUGUCGAUUAUGGGCUAUAUAAGAAACCAUAAGCUGUAAAGAGAAAUAGAGCUUCACAAGAGAUGAUAUCUUUUUAAUGCACACUUAGCCUAUAGAAAUAUGCUUUGCUUUAGUUUGUUGCAAAACUUGGUUAAAAAGUUGCAUCUGAUCAUUAGCAUGGCAAAUAUAGAUUUUAGUCAACCCUGAUAUCCUCACAGGAGUUACUGAGCAAAGCACAUUCAUAAUGUUAAUACAUUCAAGUUCAUAAAAUAAAUUCACGUUCAUAAUGUUGCACAAAUGCAAUUACGGUAAUAAUAGCUCUCAGAUUUUCACUGUGCAAUUUGAAUGCUAAUUACAUAUUUUAAAAGACAAGGCUACUGAAUAUUUUUGUCAUGCCUAAACACUUGUAAAAACACAACAACAAUUAAUUGAUUGGUUGGUUAAUAUUAUGGCCCUCGUUCUUUAUGUUUUUAUUUAUGUUUUUUGGUCAUUCCAUUCUUGUAAAUACUGCAAUUUACUGCAGUUUACUGCAAAUUGCAAGGU